CGGAACUCUGAAGUUAGCAACGUUUCAAGGCAGAGGCGAGACAAAGGGUGAAGGCAACGACUUGUAAUCGAGUUAAAAACGCUGAAAAUGUUGAAAGAGUUGGUGAACGAGCGACUAAAGGCGGCGGCUGAUGAAAUAUUGGCGCUGUUUGAAAGAACAAUAGCGUCGUACGAGGAGGAACUUUCUCGAACAAGAAAGGAGAACGAGCGACAACGACAACAACUGGAAGCUGCCUAUAAGACUCAAAUGGUGCUCCACAUUGAAGACAUACAGCAGUUGGUUGGUCUUCAAGAAGAACGUGCCCCUCAGCAGCAGGGGUUGAUCUCUUCUUUGAAGCAGGAGGAUCCCCAGCCCCGCCACGUUAAGGAGGAAGAGGAGCAACUCUGCACCACUCAGGAGGGAGAGUAUCUUCUCGGGCCGAAGGAGGCUGAUCUCACGUUGUCACUGACUGGUGUCUCUGUGAAGACUGAAGACCAUGAAGACAAACCACCUGCGUACUCACAGCUUCAUCACAGUCCAAGUGAGGAGAACAGAGUGGAGAAUCCUCCAAGCAGCAGCAGCUCACCACAACACAUGACAACAGCAGCUGAUGGAGACCACUGUGGAGGAUCACAAGCAGACAACCUCUUAGCUCCACUAUCAGAUAGUGAUGACGUAACAUCACACUCUCUUGAAGAUGAAAACAGAGACUACAACCAAGCCUCUCUGAGCAGUGAUACAGACUGUGAAGGUGGCGGUCGAGAGCGGGCGUCUGGGUGACCUGCAGCAACAAAUGAUAGGCCAAUUGCCUUAACUUCUCAUCUCGGGAUUUUUUUUGUUUGUUUCUAUCUUGAAUCCAGGAAUUUAAUAUUGACCUUUCAAAGUGGUUUUAGAAGAGGAAGCUCAACAAUGGAUCGAAUGUCCAAUAAUCAAAUUACAGCAUGACAUAAGGAAUGCGCAAGCCAACAAAGAAACUGUUGCGACCGUCUUCUUUGAUGUGGAAAAAGCCUGUGCUACGGCGAGAUGGUGUACUAAUUAAGAUUUGGAGGCUUGGAAUAGAAGGAAAUAUGUAUAAGUGGAUAAAGGACUUCCUCAGCCACAGGGAAAUUCAAGUGAGAACUAGAAAAGCACUCGGAGAGGGCAGACCCCUGCUAAGCACCAUAGUUCUCCCCAUAUUGUGAUUUAUACCAUAAAUAUUAGUCCUACAUUUAUUUGAUCUACAUAUUUAGAUUGCUAAUGCUAACAUGCUAGCAAUGCUAACAUGUUAACAUUACCACGAUAACACACAGCAUAAUAUUGCUAAGUGCUUAUGUGUGUCUCGCUAUGAAAAUGGCUCAGAAUGCUACCAUGCUAAUGUUAACAUGCGAGCAAUGCCAGCCUGCUAACACCUAGCAUGAUAGUGGUUAGUGUUUCUAUAUGUGUCUACCCAUGAAAAUGACUAAAAUUGCUGGUAUGCCAACUCCUAGCAUGAUAGCGCAAUGUACCGGGAAGGCUAAAUGUCCCAUGUGAGUUGAGAAUUUUUACUUUGAAAUGGUCUGAAUGGGUUGAGAAGUGUGGAAGUAGUUAGAACUCUUUAAAGCAAAGGUAUUUGCAUUCCGAAAAAUGGGAAUGUCAAGAAAAGUGGGAAUUCUUGGUAUGUGGAAAAUGGUAUGAAUGUCCUUAAUUAGUUGAAGGCUUUGAUGUUGGAAUGGUCUGAAUUGGUUGAGAAAUGUGGAAGUAGCUAGUACUCUUUAGAUCAGGGGUCUCAAACUUGUGGCCCUCGGGCCAUUUGACAGGAAAAACUACUUUAAAUGCCGCCCGCGAGGUCUAAGUUAAGCCAAUGAGGCUCACAGGGUGAACGUUGAACGGAACUAAGAGUGUGUCACAUGGAGAAAUGGGGGUCACUCAACAGAACACUGCCAAGAAUCGCGGUGCUAACACACACACACAAAAUGACAGCACAACAUGUAACAGAUAAGUAACUACUAAGGGUGUAACGGUACACAAAAAUGUAAUUUCGGUUCGGUUCAUUUUUGGUACAAAAAAGGGAGAAAAAAUGACUUGAAAUGCUUUUAUUUUAAAAAAUGCAAACACAUUUUUUUAAAAUAAAUAAAAGCAACCAAUUAGACUCUUGAGUUUUUCAAAAUAGAAAUAUAAUAAUAAAAUAAACUGUUGUAUUUAAACAAUUGUUUAAACAUUGUGGCGAAAUGUAAUGGACAGUUACAGUUAAAUCUUUCUGUUGCACGUGAAGUCCAACCAUCUGUCCAUCCAUCCCAUUUUCUAUACCGCUUAUCCUCGUUAGGGUCGCGGGGCAUGCUGGAGCCUAUCCCAGCUGACUUCGGGCGAGUGGCGGGUGGUAUUUCGUAGCGAGGUGCAAGAACUUUAAUCACAUACAGUCAUGGAAAAAAUGAUUCGACCACCCUUGUUUCUUCAGUUUAAUGAUCCAUUGUAAUGCCUGGUACCACUAAAGGUAGAUUUGUUUGGGCAAAUAUGAUGAUAACAAAUAUAGCUCAUAAGAGUUUAAUUUAAGAGUUGAUACAGUAUCUAGCAACUUCCAUGGUUUUCUUGAUAAUAACCAACAUUUCUAACGUAAAUAGUUACUGCAUUUUACUGCCAAAAAAUUGAACUGUUAUGAGCUAUUUUUGUUGUCAUUGUUAUAUUUGUCCAAACAAAGGAACCUUUAGUUGUAUCAGGCAUUAAAAUGAACAUGAAACUGAAGAAACAAGGGUUGUCUCAUCAUUUUUUUCCAUGACUGUACUUAGGGCCCCGUCACACCUUGACGAUUUAGCCAGCGCAUGCCUGACGUGAUCAUUUUGAUGGCGUACGUUGAACUGUGGACGUUUUUUUCAAUUUUGGGCAUAUACAUAGCGUAUUCAUAACAUGUUCGACGUAUACAUGACGUAUUAGUAACUUAUAUAGAACUUUUCUAUAACUUAUAGACAACUUAUACCAACGAAUGCGUAGCAUGUUGCCGGCGUUCACAACUUAUGCCCAACACCAGUCUAAUUUAUGCAAUCCGCACGGCAGCGUAUGGCCGACGAUGACGUGCCGUAGCCUAUAAAAAGGCUGCCACUUGAUGACUCACCUCACUAGACAUCGCAGUGUCAACAUCACCAUCAUGCCGAAGAAAAUUUUCAAGACCGCUGCCAAGAAGUAUCAGGGCAGUGACGGAGGGAUCCCUCACCACCCACAGCCUCCCCGUCCCACUCUCACUCUGAUGGAGAUGACGCAGGUUGUAACGCCUCUUCCCCUCCUGUUGGUUCCAUUCCCCAAAGUUGUUUGAGUAUUAUUAAAGUGUUGCACUGUGCAAUAACACUUGAAGGAAUACGUUUAUUAUCGUUCAUUGCUGGGGUGUGGUGUCAUUAUGACGGAUGAUCAUGUUUUUCACGGCUGUCUUUUAUACUCAUUUGUAAAUAUUUUUUCCAGCAAACGCUAACUUGGACAGUAACAUGCUGUAUUCCUCCAUUCUUUUUGAAUGUAAAUACUCCUAUGCACUUUAUGUUGACGUGACCAAUAAUGCUUGAUUAAAACGUGCAUUCUAUAUCUCAGACAAAGAGCAAAAAGAAAAAAAAGAAAAAAGUGCCCACAGUGCCCUCUACUGGUCAAGCAUGUAUAGUAUACAUAAGGACUUCCUACAAGGCACACCAUAUUGUACUGUUUAAUGUAAUCAAUGCAAAAACAACAGCCUCCAUCUCCUCUCAGUCAACGCUUCCCAAGAAGAGAGCCAAGAAGACACAGUUCUGUCUCAAGGUAUGUUGACGUAUUACAA